AUGGCAUCUGUUCCUGGAAGUUCUAAGCAACCUGUAUGUGUACCUGAUGAUGUGAUUGGAGAUCAGACAGUACAUUGGAAAAUACACCGUCGACAACUUGUUAAUCCAUCAGUUUCUAUAUGCGAGCUUGUUGGUAACACACCUCGCAGUAUAGAUAUUAAAGCGCCUGGCUAUGGGUGGGUAACGAAAAUGAAAGAUGAAGGUGCCAGGGUUGUUGCUGGAUGCGUUUUGUUUAACUUUCUUCCAUGCACGCAUCACGUCGUAAUGAAAGAUUUGUGUGCAGAGUGUGGUGCCAAUUUGCGCAGAGAAGGAGGCAUUUCAGGUGAGCGGAUUACUGACGCAAGUGCUAGUAUACCUAUGGUGCAUGCUAUUCCAGAACUUCAUGUUAGCGAAACAGUCGCAGAUGAGAUAGCUUUGCAGGAUCAGCAAAGUUUAUUAGCUGCUCGUAAACUUGUCCUACUUGUUGAUCUGGACCAGACGAUAUUACACACAACAAACGACCCACUGGCUUUCAAAUAUGCGGAUGUGCAUCGUUAUCGCUUACCAGGAUCUCCGCUUGUUUAUCAUACACGUUUACGACCACAUUUAGAAAAGGUGUUGGAUCGUCUUAGUCAAUAUUAUCAGAUGCAUAUUUGUACAUUCGGUAACCGAGUGUACGCACAUCAACUUGCAUCAAUGAUUGAUCCAAAGCGUAGAUACUUUUCACAACGUAUCCUUUCACGUGAUGAAUGCUUUAAUCCAGUGACUAAAUCAGCAAAUUUGAAGGCUUUAUUUCCUCGUGGUCUCAACCUUGUUUGUAUCAUUGAUGAUCGUGGCGAGGUUUGGGAUUGGUCGUCAAAUCUGAUUCAUGUUAAGCCUUAUCGAUUCUUUCCGGAUGUUGGAGAUAUCAACGCUUUCCCAUGGUUGUCAAGUUCAACUCUCCUAUCUCCGUCAUCAUCGUGUACCAUGGCGUCACCAUCUCCCAGUACUUCAACCACGACAAAUACGACACAAUAUUCGGACCAGUCAGUCACGAAACCAUCGUUGUCUUCAAUUGUCACACCAUUAGAUAAACCGGAAAAGAAUAAAACAGAUCCUGACUUUACUGAAGUUGUUGAGAGUGUUUUGUCACAUGACGUGGAAAUGGUUUUAAAUAACAGUGACAACACCACAGGCACCACUAACGAUGAGGAAAAAACUGUUUGUCCUGCGCUAAAUAAAGAUAAUGAUCAAACUUUCCUGAUCCUAUUGAUUUCUGUCAGUCUCAGUCCACUGAAAAGUUUUCAUCAUCAACUUCGCCUACAUCGAUUAACAGUGAAAACAGAGAUAGUGAUUCUGUAG